UGUCGCUCUCUCUAAUGUGGAAGGAGCACCUUAAGUGUUAGCCACGCCCCUUCGCCAUCACAUUGGCUGCGAGCGAAUGCGGAGAAUUGAUUGCUGCUGCCGCUGUCUCUCAAUGCUAAACUUGUUGCUGCUGCCGCUGUGUCGGGCGGACUGAUCGGCGAGGGGAGAGCCGGGACCUCACACUGGAAUCCUCCUGAGAGGGGGGGCACAUCCUAUCCUGAGAAGCCCCGACUGACUCUCAUCGCGAACAAAGGGACAAAGCUGCAGCUUAGUGGACACUGAGCAGCACGACUAGUGGCUGAGAGAUCGGGGACAGCUUGAGCCAGUCAGGAGAGCUCCGGGGACUAGAUCAGCCCGCGACCCUUCUCCCCUCAGCUCUAGGGACUUCGCACAGGCAGCGAGACCAGGAGCAGCAGAUGACAGUCAGUACGUGACAGCAUGUGAGAGGCGGGGGAGCUGAAAGUUUCAGGCAGUUGGAGGGGAGCCCGUCUCGCAGAGAUAAAGCAGUAGGACGAGUUGUGCUUCCUAAGCGGGCCAGGGCUGGCCAUGUGGAUAUGUGUCUGUAGCCCAGGGCAUUGCAUUGGCUCACGGCGCUAACGUAUUUACAGAACUUUUAUUGCUUCGGACCGAUUUGUUGGAUGUUUUUGUGGCGCAAGGAGAGCGGCAGCCCGAGUGGAUUCCUGCGAUCGCAAUAAGAAAAUGUUGACUUGUGAUCUCACAGGCCAGGCCCUAUCAGAUUACAAAACGUGAGCUCAUCUCUGCUCCGCGCACCGCAACAGCUCCACUUCUUCUUCCACUUGUGUUUGUGCAGGAAUUCCGCCCGCUCUCCUUUCUGCUGCUCUGCCGCUGCGACAAGCCUCUGCCAUAGCGAUUAGUAGCGGGGGAAGAGCUGCCAUGUCUUAUUGAUCGCCUUGGAAUUAUGUUUGGACUGGAGCAGUUUGAGCCGCAGAUCAAUAGCAGAAGCGCUGGCCAAGGAGAGAGAAACUUUCCAGCUCAGCCUGGGAUGAACAUGAGCUCACACUUCAAAAACGCAGCGUUCCAUUCAGCUGGGGCCCCGGGCUCGGUGGAUUCUGCCAUGGGAGCGUUGAACGAGCCUUCUAUGUUAGGGAUGAACCUCAGUUUAAACGGAGAGACUUAUGGCUACCAUGCUAGGGGACAAUCAGACAUGCACCCUGCAGGAAUGCAGCCACAACCUGUUCAUGGCUUCUUUAACAAUCAGCCUCAUCCUCAUCACGGGCACCCCAGCACCCAUCCGCACCAGCAUCACCCUCACUUUAGUGGCAACUUUAAUGGACCUGACUCCGCUGCCUCCUGCUUGCAUGGGGGUCGAUUCAUGGGCUACAACAAUAACAUCGGAAACCAACAAGCCUUCGGUGAGGGGUACGAGCAGAUGGCUGAGAACCAACCAGGAGAAGGAUUUGUACAGCAGAGGUCAGGUAAUAUGUCUGAAUUUCAGCACCCCAACUCUUCUGCUACUAACCAGGCUGUCCCUGCACCUUGCCUUCCCCUAGACCAGUCUCCUAACCGUGCUGCUUCUUUUCAUGGGCUUCCCACAUCCUCCAACUCUGAUUCUCAUAACCACGAACAAAGGAGAAUUCACAAUCAAGGAGGCGUUGAACCUCUGGAAUACAAUUAUCCCAGCGACGGCCCUUCAGGACACUAUGAGGUACCUGUAUUUUCUCCAUCGGAUUCAGAUGGCCAUUAUGGAGCUGGAAGGCAGGUCCCCGGCAGUAGUUUCCCUGGUACAUCUGUGUUACCUAGACCUCCUGGCUUAGUGGGAAUGGGUAAAGUUCACCCACAACAGCAGCAACAACAUGGUGUAUUUUUUGAGCGAUUUAACAAUGCACGAAAAAUGUCAGUGGGCAUGGAUCCCACGGUAAAUGCCAGACAUCCCUUACUGCAACAGCAGCAGAAUGGCUUACUUGCAAGGCAGAACUCAUGCCCUCCAGCAAUCACCAGGCAACAGCAAACAGAAGCCAAUACCUCCAACCCAAACUUGCAGGACAAUGGACCAGUAAUGCAAAGCCAACACACACAGUUUGAAUACCCCAUUCAUCGACUUGAGAAUAGGAAUAUGAACCCAUAUUCCGAAUCCGUGUUCAGUAUGCAACAAGCACCUCCACAGCAACCUCAAAAUCAAAGAUUGCAACAUUUUGAUGCUCCCUAUAUGAGUGUUACUAAAAGGCCACGCUUUGACUUCCCCAAUAACCACAAUGGUGUAGAUAACUGUGCUGCAUGGAAUAAUAGUAACAUUCACAAUGCUGCCAUUGAGAGUCAUCUGUCUCCUACAUACCCUGGUCUUCCAGGUGAAUAUAAUCCUCAAGUGCCGGAAAGUUUUCCUCCUGGUCCAUCGCUACAACACCCUGGCUCAGAUCACCAGUCACUUCAACAGCGCCAAAAUGCAGCAAUGAUGAUAAAACAAAUGGCUUCCAGAAAUCAGCAGCAAAGAAUCAGACAGGCCAAUAUACAGCAAUUGGGCCAUCAUGGGGAUGUCAAUCAAAGCAACAUUGUACAUGGAGGUCAAGUGGGUGGGAUGCAGCAACCUAACUUUGAUCGUGAGGGAUCCAGGAUUGGUACUUUUGACCCUCAAAAUCCACAUGUGACUCAGGAAAAUGCUUGGUUUCCUGGUUCUCACCCACCUGGAGAUAUUCUUCAAAGGAGAAUGGGUGGGUCAAAUCUGCCUGCUGACCCAUCAUCCCAUGAUAUGAAUUUACAACAAAAUGGGUCAAAUUUAUUAUUUAGACCAGGUGUAAAUAGGAUGGGCAUCCAGGAACCUUUGGGAAUCCCAGGAGAAGGUCAUGUUCAGACUUUGCAUUCACCUGGUAUGCACUCUCAAUUUGGAAGCAAUAUGGCUAACCUUUCCCAAAUGCAGUCACCAGGAGGAGGUGUAGGGCUUUCUAGUGCACCAGCAGAUAGAAGGGGCCCUGCAGACUUUACAGCUUCAUCCAUAGCUGGGCAGACAGGAUUCCCAUUUGUAGGAUCAAACAGACAGUCAACUCCACACAAUCCACCAGGUGUAAACUCAUCCCCAAGUUCCUACCCACCACAGUCAGAUUUUCAAGCUAGCCAGCGCUCCACAGCAAGCAAACUAGGAGCACUAUCUCUUGGUUCAUUUAGCAAGCCCAGUACAAAAGAAAGUAUGUUUGGACAAAGCUGUUUAGCUGCACUUUCUACAGCCUGUCAAAAUAUGAUUGCUAGCUUGGGUGCUCCUAACCUCAAUGUAACAUUUAAUAAGAAAAGCCAAACUGAAGGCAAGAGAAAGAUGAGCCAGACAGAAACGGACAUUAAUAGUAAUUCUGGCAAUAACACUAGUUCUGAUUAUUUUCCAGGGGCCUCCACACAAAACAAUCAAGUGUCUGGUUCUUCCAAUGCCAACAAUAAGUCUACAGGGCAGGUAGGAGCAUCUCAAACCACACAGGGAGAAACUAGUCUUUCCCCAAACUACAACAUUGAAGUCACUCCAGGCAAUGAUGGAAAACCAGUGACAGCUGGUGGGAGAGGGAGGGGCAGGAGAAAAAGAGACAGUGGCCAUGUAAGUCCAGGUAAUUACUUUGAAAAAUACUCUGCAGACAGUGGAGGUGCUGUUGUAAGCCCAGGGCAGCAGGGUCCAUCAGCAAAUUCAGGGGAAUCUGGGGGUGCUCCACAUGACAAACCCCUGACUUCACCAUCUUGGGGGAAGGGAGGUGAGCUGCUUCUUGGUGAUCAGCCUGAUCUUAUGUCAUCUUUGGAUAGUGGCAUUCAAAGUGUGACCAAGUCAGUUAGCAGCUCACCUGAUGUUGACUUUGGGGAAGAUGUCAACACCACUUAUGGGAAUGAAGAUGAAGUGUCCUCUAGUUCAGAUAACAACAUAGCAAAACCUAAUAGCUGUCCUAUGGGAACAGGGUCUCCAAAAAUCCAGCGAGGUGAACAUGGACUUCUUAAUGGACAAAAGUCAAUGGGUCUAAACUUGUUAAAUAACACUACCUCUCUCCCAGACAGUUAUGGAUUGAGUAGCAAUGGGGGCGGUCACCCUGGCACACCAGGGAUGGAACAGGUUCGAACUCCAACUAGCACAUCAACACAGGAUGAAAUCCACCCUUUAGAGAUACUCCAAGCACAGAUACAGCUUCAGAGACAACAGUUCAGCAUUUCUGAAGACCAGCCCAUGGGAAUGAAAAAUAAAAAAAAUGACUGUACUGCUCAAAAUGUGGACAAUGAAUCAAACAGUUGUUGUUCUGACAAUGUUAAAAACUCUAUGAGUACUAUAGACCUUGACUCUCUCAUGGCAGAGCAUAAUUCUACAUGGUACAUGCCUAAUGAGAAAUCAUUGAUGGAGGGAGAUGAAGAAGACAAAUCUAUCACACCUUGGGAAAAAUCAAAGAGCCAACAAACCAACAAAGAAGCCCUUGAUCUUCCCCAGAACAAGACCUCAGCAGCGGCACAAAAUGGAAGCCAUUUACAAUGCCUCUCCGUUCAUUGCACAGAUGACAUUGGAGAGUCAAAGGGUAGGACUCCUGUUCCUUCGUGGAGAUCCCUUCAUUCUGACAUCUCUAACAGAUUUGGGACUUUUGUGGCUGCCCUCACUUGAAAACCGUUGAAGAAAAACAUAUUUUUGGUUUCCUUUUAUUACAGGGCAACUAAUGAUGAGUGGACUAUUUUAUUUUAAGUUGGUACCUGCUUAGUGGCAUAUGGAUUUCCAAGGCUUAAUUUAAAGUAAACCUCAUAUUUUUUAAAACUUUUGCCACAGUAUGAUACCAGUGUUAAUUCUUCAUCCAACAAGUAUUUAUGCUUCACUUUCCUCUCUAGUAAUUCUCUAUGUAAAUCUGGCAAAACGACUAUCUGGGUUAGAGGAGGGCUUUUUGUAUGUCUAAAUGGUGUAUGUUUUCUCUUUCUGCUUUAUUUUGUGUUACAUGGUUUGUUUUAUAAGAAAAAUAUGAUUUUCUCCCCCCAAACUAAAUAACCAAACAAGUUGACUGUAAAAAAAAUAUAUAUAUAUAAAUAUACAUUUAUGAUUCUUCAGUUCAUACAGUUAUACCAAGAGGUUCAAAUGUAUUAAAGUUGUAAUUUUUCUAAACCAUACAUUCUCCAUCAAAAGAGAAUCCUUUGGUCUUUAGUGCUCCAAUGAACUAGAUACGAUCAAUUAGCAUCCUGUACUGUUUGUUCAGCAAUGGUCUGAACAAGCCAUGCCUAAUAGAAUACAUUUUUUCAUAAAUGUGAUGGGGGUAAGAAUUGUCAAUAAAAUAUAUAAUAAUGUU